GGGGAAAACGUUCAGUAAUAAUUUAGUGUACGAUGAAUCUAGAGCUGGAUUUCAUUGUUUUUUCUCAACAGCAUUUUCCAUUCUGCUUCGAUGGAAAUAUUUAAAUUUUUUAGUUACAUUUUUUUCAUUUUCAUUGCUGAUAUAUGCGACUUCUCCGACUGUAUUUUAUUCAAAAUUUUAUUUGGUACAAUCAAAUCUAUAGACACCUAAAGCUCUGCUAGUAUAGUUUUGAUUCGCAAACACAGGCCACAAGCAAGAGCUUAAUUCAGUGAAAAAAGGUCAAAUAAGUAAUAAAAAUGAGUUGGCAUUUCUUCUUUGGAGGGGUUGUUUUUUGUUUGAGCCUCUUGGUUGAACUGUAUUUUUGGGUUUGGCUGAGAAAGUGUCUGUUUCUGGUUUUAAGGUGGGUUAUGAUUGUAUAGGUGUGAUGGGGGACUUGAGUUCAGCAAGGUUUUGUAAGCUGAACUUUUACUGACAGAUCUUUUUGUUUGUGUACCGGGAUUCGGGAGUGUUAUUCUUGACUUGGGGACAACAGUUUAAAAUCUUCUGCUUUCUCUAGGGGCGAAUUUCGUUCUCUCCUUUCCUCAAUAUAUUGAACUUUCAAAUAAAAAAGUAAUAAAAAUGAAUAUUAGGCUCUCUUAUACUGCGUUGUGAGAGUUGAUAGGAUUCUCACUGGUUAUAUUAGGAGCUGAAGAAUAUCGUAUUGUUUAAGCUAAUAAGGAACUCACGACAGCUGAUACCUUCUCCAGCAUGGAAGAAAAGAUUAUUCCCCUGCCGUGGACUAAAGUAAGAUCUGACAAGUUUCAUUAGUUGUCUCGAUGACACUUUCACUUCAAUAUACCAAGCUGAUUGACUACACAAAGCCCGGUUCGCAUUGUCAAGAUUGGCCCAUACUUGGUUGCAAGAAAAAAAAUUCCGUUGCAAAGAAAGGGAGAAUGAUGUAACAGAAUCAAAGGAAAAGGUAUAAUCCAAAGUUACAUCUAAAGCAGGCGCAAACGAUAAAGUUCUUGCAAACAUGGUUCAUGCCACGGCAUCCAGACCUUCCCCCAUUCACAAAGAAAAGUAUCUCACACUCCACUUCUUGAGCCAUGGUUUGCCCCCAAUGCAUCAUUCAGCAUCUUCCCAUACCCACCAAAGCCAUGGCGAAAGAAUUCAUCUCUGUCUUUUCUUCUGUAUUGGUCGCAUCCAUCUUAUUUUUUCUGGCAUCAACGCUCGUCCGAGGAGUCGAAGGGACAAUUGGGAUAAACUAUGGCACCGUUGCGAACAAUCUUCCCCCACCAGCUCAAGUGGCGCAUUUCCUUCUAGAGUCCACGGUCAUCAACCGCGUUAGGCUCUUCGACGCCAACCCUGACAUUCUAAAAGCCUUUGCCCACACUGGCAUUGCUAUCACAGUAACUGUUCCAAAUGAUCAAAUCCCUCGCCUUACCAAGCUAAACUUGGCUCAACAAUGGGUGGAAGACAAUAUCCAACCUUACACACCAGCCACGAAUAUAGUCCGUAUUUUAGUAGGCAAUGAAGUAAUAUCAACAGCAAACAAACUGUUAAUAGGAAGUCUUGUUCCAGCUGUGCAAACCCUCCACACCGCCCUUGUUGAAGCUUCACUAGACCGUAGAAUCCAAGUCUCCACACCUCACUCUCUAGGCAUUCUCUCAAAUUCAAGCCCACCAUCCACUGGAAAGUUUCGACAAGGCUAUGACACUCAUGUUCUCAAACCAUUGCUUAGCUUCCUUAGAGCUACCAAUUCACCCUUCAUGGUGAACCCUUAUCCAUUUUUUGGCUGCUCACCUGAUACCCUUGAUUAUGCCCUGUUUCGGCCUAAUGCAGGAGUGUUCGAUGAAAACACAGAGCUGCAUUACACAAACAUGUUAGAUGCUCAAUUAGAUGCGGUCUUUUCAGCCAUGAAAUUCGUAGGAUUUGAUGAUCUUGAGAUUGUCAUAGCCGAAACUGGUUGGCCAUCCAUGGGGGAUUCGACCCAAGUUGGUGUUGAUGCAGAGAGUGCAGCUGAAUACAAUGGCAAUCUCAUGCGGCACGUAGCAUCUGGUGCUGGCACACCCCUAAUGCCAAACCGGACUUUCGAGACCUACAUCUUUGCGCUUUUCAAUGAAAAUCUUAAGCCAGGGCCUACAUGUGAGAGGAAUUUCGGGCUCUUCCAACCAGAUAUGGCACCCGUUUAUGAUGUCGGGAUCCUAAGGCCCACGGCUAGAUCAUCCAUUCCUAACAACCCAACCCCAGUGCCAACGGCGGCGCCGGUGAAUCCUACGCCAAGGUCUGAGGGAAAACAAUGGUGUCUUCCCAAAACGGGCGCGGAUGAAAAUGCUUUACAAAGAAAUAUUGAUUAUGUGUGCGGUUUGGGUUUGGACUGUGGACCGAUUCAAGAAGAUGGAGCUUGCUUCCUUCCUAACACUGUUCGAGCCCAUGCAGCUUUUGCCAUGAAUGCUUACUAUCAAUCCACCGAUAGGAAAGAGUAUGAUUGUGCUUUUGAGCAAACUGGAGCCAUCACAGACGUUGAUCCAAGCUAUGGAAAGUGUCAAUACUGAUGCUGAUGGAGAGGACAGCUUGUUGCAAUCAGACAACCAGGGGGCAUAGAACUAGGAAUGAUUGAUCAGUUUCAAUUUUGUUUUCGCUUUUGUUAUUAUAGUUCCUUUACAGACAAGAAAACAGGAACAGGGAGGAGGGAUGUAACAUGCCUAGACAUAGACGCAUGGCCAUAUGGUGAUGGUAUUCGCAGCGAAUUACAUUCCAGAUAUAUACACAAAUUUUUUACUAGCUCAAAGAUGUAAUGCUUGAAUCGACAUUAUGUUGUAGUAUAAUUCCGUGCGCUUUGAUGAAUA